AUGAAGGUUUUACUGUUGUCUCUUGUCCUUGUUGCGGUUUGCGAUGCCCAGCUAUCCUUACGUAAUGCAUUGAUACAGCUUCCAGGACAAUGGAAGACGAUACACCUGGCAGCUAACAAUGCUGAGAAGCUCAGUGAAAACAGCCCAUUUAGGGCUUAUGUAAGACAUGUUGAUGUGGACAUGACAAGAAGGAAAAUCUUUUUCAAUUUUUUCAUCAAGGUGAAUGGAGAAUGCAUAGAAAAAUCUGUCAUGGGAACGGUAGGACUCUACAAUGUGAUCCAUGUUGACUAUGAGGGGACCAACAAUUUCCAAGUUGUCAGGAUAACCCCAAACAUUAUGCUGGCCUAUGAUAUCAACGUGGAUGAAGAAGGACGCACCACAGAUUUAGUUAUAUUGGCGGGCAGAACACAUGAAGUCGAUGAGGAAUCCAUUGAGAAAUUCAAGGAGUUGGUUAGACAAAGGAAUAUUCCAGAAGAAAAUACUGUAAAUCUCAUCGGUACUGAUGACUGUCCCGUCAAUUAA